AAUAUUCAGAUGAUAUGAUGCUAACACAUGACGAUAUUAGUAGAACAUCAGAAUCUAGUAAUAUUAGAGGCAGUGCAGUUAGACUCUUUUAUUCAGUAGAUGAAAUUGAUGAUGUUGAAGUUUGGGUAUGUCAUCAUAAAAGUUGUGCCCCAAAAGUAAAAUACCAAAAAGAUGGAUCUACUUCAAAUCUAUGGCGGCAUCUAAGGAAUAAGCAUCACAUUUCAAGGGCUAUGGUAGAAGGUGGCUGUAUAAAAGUUGUAUCAAAAGAUGAUGCUAAUAUACUUAGCAUAGAUCGUUUAAACGAAAAUCUUAUUAAUGCUAAGGAUAAAAUUUUACAAAACAUUCAUGAAUACGCACUUGAUGAUACUGAAAUUUGCUAUAUUUCAUUCACCACUGAUAUUAAUAUUUUACGUCUUCCAUAUCCUCAUACUGCAGAGUGUCUUUUGAAUAAAAUCAUUAAUAUUUUAGAUAGCCUUCAUCUUAAAAAUAAGACUGUUUGUAGUAUAGUUGAUAACGGAUCAAAUAUUAAAUUAUGUGUAAAAAGAUUAGAACAAAAAUACAAUAUAUCAAAGAUCUUUUGUUUUGGUCACACUUUGCAACUUGCAAUUAACAAUGCACUAAAAAAUUGUCCUGAAAUCAUAAAUUUAAUAAAAAAAUAUAAGGAUAUUGUAUUGCAUUUUAGCGGAAGUCCAAAACAAAAACAAUUUCUUUUAACAGCUCAAAUGAAAAUAGAAGAUUGGGAUAAAUAUAAGUCAUUAUUAGUUGAAACUAAUGAAAAUAUUUCAUUAAGAAGUUAUGAAGAUAAGGAGUUGUCAUCUGAUGAUUGGGAUGAGAUAACUGAGUUAGUAAUAUUAUUACGUCUCUAUGAGAUAUUUAAAAAUCAUGAACAGCAGCAAGCUAUUUCAGAAGCACGUACUGAAUAUGAAGAAUUGGCUUCUAACUAUGAAUUAGAAAAUAUAUUAGGUACAGAAAGCCAAGACGAUCCAAUAGCUUCUGAAGAUGAAAUGGAUAGUGAAGAUAUUUUUUCUAUUUCAGUAACAACUCAUCAAAAACAAUCAAGUCAGCAAGAUACUAUUAUUAAAAAACGAACAAGCCUUAAUCCUGAGUUUGCUGGUACACUUUUGUUCAUUAAAGCAGCUUUAAACCUUUGGCCAGUAUCUCACAUUUUCGAAUAA